AUGGCACAAGACAUAAAUAUCAUCUUAAAUUUGGGGAAAGAACGUCUCGAAAAUCCAAAAUUUGAAUUAAUAACACAAGAAAACUCAAAAAAUCACAAAAUAAUUGCCGAUUUCAAUGCAAAUUGCGAAAAAUGUGAACACAAAAUACAAAUCAACAUAUUUUACAACGACGAAGAAGUGCUUAAAAUCAAAAAUCACAGCGACUUACCGAUAAAUCUUCCUGAAAUAUCGAAUCCCGUGCCUCCAAAUGUUGAAUUGCCAUCUCUGACUUCCGUUGAAGGUCCGUAUUUUCAAGUUUUUCCUCAAUCCGAUGGCUCGGAAGUGUUUAUUGAGAAAAAAUCAAAGUCGUUUCGUGUCACAAACUACGAUCCACGAUCCAAAAUUUGCGAUUUGUGCAAUUACGAAGUGCCAAAUGCGGAUAAAAUGAGUGUUCAUCGCCGUUUUCAUUUUUUUCCGAAGCCAAAUGACGUUGAAUGUCGUGCUUGUGGUACUGCCUGCUCAAAUUCCUUGGAAAAAACGCAACAUUCGUACUUUUGUGCUCAAAGUCAAGCUUUGGAAGGUCUUUCUUGCUUCGAAUGUAACUUCAAAGCCACGAAUUUUGAUGAUUUUCGAGAUCAUUUAAGCAAAAUUCAUUCAGGAUAUCCGCCGAUUUCGAAAAAUUGCAAGCUCUGUGGGGUCAAAACAAGUAACAAUAAACACAAAUGUCUCGCUGGCUUCCAAAAAUAUCUCGCACAGUUGGAUUUACCGCCAAAUCUCGUCAUUCCCGAUGUUUAUUCGCUCAAAAGUUCGUAUAGCAGGACACAUCCGCAGCCCGAUGGAAGUCUCGUGUACAUUGGCAAGCGCGAUAACGGCAUUCAAAUUAUGAAUUUCGAUCCAACGACAGAAAAAUGUGAGCUUUGUGGCAAAAGUCACCUGAAAAAUAAGGAAAAUGUCGUUCAGCAUCGCUUGAAAAUGCAUUUUUUCCCGCCGGAUUCGGGAAAUUUGUGUCAAGGAUGUCAAAAAGAGUUCAAAACUGACGAAAAUAAGAAGAUUCACAGUCAUUUUUGUACAAAAAAGCACCUGAUAAAAGUGAAUUAUUGCAUUUCGUGUCGCGAACAGUUCACAAAUUACCCGAAUUUCGCGUCGCAUUUGAAAAAAUUCCACGAUGGAGCUGGGAUCGAGUGUCGUUUCAUGUGCCAUCUUUGCUCAAAGUCCUUCGAACAUGAUCAUCAGUUGCAGGAACACGUUUUGAGGCAUUUCGACGGCAAACCCUUCAAAUGUGCGCAUUGCGAUAGUGAACAACGGAACAAAAAAGGCAUCAUCACGCAUCUGAUUCGUUUCCAUUUCAAUUCCGCGGCGAAAUUUAAAUGCGAUUCGUGUUCGCCUCCGAUGCUUUUUGCCUACGAGAAGCAAUUCAAGGUUCAUGUCGACGCCCUGCACCUUAGACUGCAAAAAGUUUCCGUGCCAUGUCCCACAUGCGGAAAAUUAAUUCGAAAAAAGGGCCUGAAAAAUCACAUUCAGAAGCAACAUACCGACACUUUUGUGCCGAAAGAGACUUUUGAGUGUCAGACUUGCGGAAAAAUUUUCUUUCGGAAGCAGAAUUUGGAAGCGCAUCAGUUGAUGCACUUGCCCGAGAACGAAAGACUUUACAAAUGUCGGUUUUGUGAGAGGACGUUCAAUAAAAAGCUCGGAUUUGUGGAGCAUGAAAGGAAUCACACGGGAGAAAAGCCUUAUAAAUGCGAACAUUGCGGCAAAGCAUUCGCUCGGAGCUCGACGUUUCAAGAUCACAAGAGGGAACAUACGGGACAGAGGUUUGUUUGUUCCGUUUGCUCCAAAGAGUACAAGGAUCGGGGGAAUUAUCGACAUCAUAUGAAGCAGCAUGAAAGCCAAAUGGGCGUAAAACUAACAUUCAACCACGAAGAACGUCGUUUGAUGAAAUUAAAAGUCCUCACAGCUGAACAAGCUCUCAAAAGCGGAAUCUAGUCUCAAAAUACAAAAAAUCAAAAUUUUAUUAUAUUUUUUUAUUUUUAUUUCUUAUAAUUUCCAAUAGUAUUUCUAAAACUCUUUUUUUUAUUUUUUUAAAUUUAUUUUCAACGUCAUUGUUCUCCAUUGCUACUUUUUUUUAUUUAAUUAUUUAUUUAAUUUUUUUAAACCAUUCUGACUUCUAUUCUACAGUAAAUGAACGCAAUCGAAGAAUUAAUAAAAAAAAUCAUAAAAAAUGAUUCUAAGAUGUACUUAAGCGUAAAACUAUAUUCUUCAUCUGUUUCUGAGACGAGGUAUCUACGGUAAAAAAAAAAGGUCCGACAGAAAUGCAUUUUGGCGUCUUUUAGGCAGUUUUCAGAUGAAACAAAAAAAAAUUUGGCGUGCCCGGGA